AUGAAUAUACGCUCCAUACUAUGCAUAAUCAUGAACUCCAUUGUUUUUGUUGCGCUUUGUUGCUUAGCUGUGGUAUCAGCACAAAGAGGUCUACCACCACGUCCAACAUCAUUCGAAGGAAAUGCUGUCAUUCUCAAGCAGGAUUUCAAUUUGAACCCCGAUGGCUCGUACAAUUACAACUAUGAAACAAGCAAUGGAAUUCGUGCUGAUGAAGCUGGUUAUCUUAAAAACGCGGGCAAUCCCCAAUUAGAAGCCCAGGUCAUGCAAGGUUCUUAUUCUUACACUGGUCCUGAUGGUGUUGUCUAUACCAUUACCUAUAUUGCCGAUGAGAAUGGUUAUCGUGCUGAAGGUGCUCACAUUCCCACACCACCACCAGUGGCUGCUCCCGGUCCCCGAGGACGAUUCUUUUAAGUAAAUUUCCCAAAUCCCCCAAAAAAUCAGCAGAAAUUUCUACAAAAGAAUACCAAUAAAGCCACGGAACAUAAAUGAGAUUAA